GGAUAGUCCUUAGCUAUAACAGAGAUAAAUAAAAGACACUUGGGAGGAAAUUUUUAGAGAUAAACCAGUUAUGAGGUUUUUGUGGACCUACUUUGGAGUCAUUUGUUGUGUGUCACUUUCAGAAUGCGCUGAUGCCAUUCCUUGCACUGGCCACGAGGACUGUGGCGCAGUCCAUUGUCCCACUGGAUACGCGCCAUACUGUGCUACUAUUCUCUUCAACCAGUGCAAAUGCAGUCCAUCUGAUGCGUGGUGGGGGCUGUGGAGCCCGUGGAGUCAGUGUACCGUGACGUGUGGUGCUGUUAGCGGCUCAAGAUCUAGGAUUCGGAGUUGCGUUACCAGAGGAGUUACCCCUGACUAUUGCGUCGGCAAAUUCAGCCAAGUAGAAACGUGUCAGGCCUCAUUACCACACUGUCCACAGGAUGGUCAAUGGGGUCACUGGUCUGCCUGGUCGUCGUGCAGCAAGUCUUGUGGGAUGGGGACAAGAUUUAGACACAGGGAGUGUAACAACCCGCGGCCGGCGUAUGGAGGCUCCUCGUGUACAGUGGGUCAAUCCACCUCACUACAGCCCUGCUCCAACACCUGUCCAACACCACCACCAACAACAAGGACAACUACAAUGACAACAACAACACUCCAAACGUCUGGUAAACCCUGCCCAUCUUGUGACGCCAAUUUGAACUGUGUGUGGAAUCAGACAUGCGCAGACAGUGAGACGUGUAUGGUGAGAGCUGUUUUGGAACACGGCUUUCAGUUCUCUGUCCAUUGUAUUUUAAGUUCAGAUUGCCAAUUAAUGACCACAUACAUCAAAUCCGCGGAGAUCUACUGUUGCGACGAUCGAAGUUGCCUCCAACGCUAUCUUCCCGGAGUAUGAUUCUACUGAAAAUUGCUGUACCGUUUGAAAUAAACCACAUAUCUUUAG